UAGUUGCAGUUUAGGUGGCCGGGACCUCGUGCUUCUGCCCGCUCGUGCUCUUAUAUCGCUCAAUAUCCCAUACUUUGAUUGCCCACCGUAAAGGCCGUUAAUAAAACCAAUUCAUCGACAUGCAAACCUUGAUCCUCGUCUUCUUACUCGCUGUAAAUGUCAGCGGCGCCUCUCCAGACGAUAGCGACUCUUCAAGCUUACCUCCUUGUUCGAAAGAACUCAGGACGAAGCUGAGCAUCAUCUGGAGCUGUCUAGCUACGAUAUUCGCGUCUACAUGGCUUGCUGCACAUCCCAAUGUCCCGGGGCGUAAGCUUACCAAGGAAGGAUCCUUGUGGCGAAUUUUUGAUCGUCGAGCAAUCAUGUGUUCUCUUGAGCGCCUGAAACUGAUGCUGAUUGCGAUUCUGGCGCCGGAGGCCACGGUCGGGUGGGCUAUACGUCAAUUCCUAGUCGCAAGGAAGGUUCGCGCAUAUUCCUCCAAGGAUCACGAACUGAAGCUGGUCCACGGUUUUUUUGUUAGCAUGGGAGGGUUCUAUUACGGAAAGGAAGAAAAGCUCGUCACUUUAAAAGACGUUCCCAAGUUCUUGGAGCCACUGGCAAAAGUCCGCGACUUCGAUAUCAAGGACAAGAGUAAAGGAGACGCACUUUCUAAAAUGGUUGCCGUCCUCCAAAUAUCCUGGUUCGUGGUCCAGUGUUGUGCACGAGGCGUUCGGAAGCUGCCUAUCACGCUGCUGGAGAUGUCGGCCCUUGCAUUUGCGAUGCUGAGCAUCGCUUCUUAUGCGGCAUGGUGGGAAAAGCCGGUUGAUGUCCUGUAUCACAUCCGUCUCGAAGAGCAUUCUUCGCUGGAUCAAGAUCAGGAUGAUCGUGCGUCUCCUGAAGUCUUUGAUCUCUUGGAUGUCGACACAAAACCGGCGGUGGCUCUAUCUCCCUCUAGAAGUUUUGACACCCUCGACAAGCUUUCUGGAGUCGAUAGCUCAAACCCCAUAGAACUCCGUCCUCCUCCCAGUAUGGCCUCUUUUGAGCCAACCGCGGGUUAUAGCAGUGGUUGGCUUAAUAUUUCCGACGCUUCAACUCUGAAAAACACCACCACCCAUCCUGGACCUUCUCUACUGGAACUCAUCAGAUGCUGUUUCAAGACUGCUGAGCGUUGGAGAAAGAGAGCUAUUGGACCUUUUACGGGGAUAUACUUUUCGAUGAUGGGCUUCAUAUUUGGCGAUGACAUUGGUUCGGGGGUUGAAAGACCUGUGCCAACUGCUGCAAUCGGUGCCGUGGGGAUGUCGUGUUGCGAUGGCGAUACAUCAACAGAGGCAGACCAUUUUCUGAUGCGUUUGUUAGCAGUGCUUUAUGUGGGAGGCCUGUUUGGGGCAAUCCACUGUGCGGCUUGGUCAUUUGACUUUCCUUCGCAUGCGGAAAAAGUGCUAUGGCGGACGUCAUCUCUCGCGAUUAUAAUUGGCCUAGUCAAUGGCGUCGGUCAUAUACUCAUGCGGAAAGGAUUGUUCACCAUUUUUGGUGUAAUAAGCAGCCUAAUACAACGGGCGCGAAAGGGCGUUAGGCGCAGUCGUGUUUCGAGCAAGAUUUCCCCACUGUCCGACGAUUAUAUCGUGAUGGAAAAGAAUGGCGUUCUCAAGACAUUCAUGGACUUUGGGUCGAUUGUCUUGUCUGUUUUGGGUGCCGGCGUGUACAUCGUAGCGCGGAUUACUUUGAUUGUCCUUGCACUCUUAGAAUUCCGUUCAUUGCCGCCACUGGCUCUUCGUACCGUAAAUUGGACAACGUUCAUACCUCAUAUAUGAUAUUACGAUUCUAUCUACCUGCCUAUGUUACUGUAGUAAUACACAAGGAAAAAUUCACUGCGGUAUAUCUCA